UGCUUCCCCGUUGCUAAUGGAUUUGUUUGUUUGUUUACAUACAUUACACCCCUUCCUCCCAUCAUAACCCGAGUUUGAGCAGUCAGUUCGUUCUAAGUUCAGUCAGUUGGUGUUGGUGUUGUUUUUUAUUCAAAUUCAAGUUUAUUUUCGAUAAGUGACUCUCCGUGUUAUUGUUAUAGUGAAAUCGUGAGAUACAUAAUAGGUACCACAUUAUUUGUGAUUGUGGUUUAUUUGUAGCCUGCAAACUCUGCUAUAGAUAUUUUAGUUAGGAUCCUGCUGACUGAGUUUAGUCAUAUCUUUACUCAACUCGAUGCUAUUUUGAAGUCAGAAGAAUGCCUACACUACUUUAUAAAAACUCUUUUCUUCUUUUUAAAAACUAGCUUUCGAACCACUAAAAAUGACUGAAGAGGAAAAAGAAAUCCCAGCAAGUGGAGCUGUGUUCACUUUCGGCAGAAGUCGAUUCGCCGACAAUAUACCAAGUCAUUUUUUCAUCAAGAACGACCCGAUUGUUGACGUAGACUGUGGGGAUGAGCAUACAGCAGUUGUAUGUCAGAACGGCAGAGUGUUUGUGUUUGGGAGUAAUGAGUGGGGACAACUUGGUCUCGGACACAAGUCUGUCGUCGCAAAACCCAGCUGUAUUAAGAGUUUGAAACCUGAGCAGGCGACUCACGUGGCUUGCGGGAGAGCCCAUACACUUAUUAGCACAGCGUCAGGCAAGUUGUUUGUCUGCGGCAGUAACAGUGACGGACAGCUGGGAGUGGGAGAUACAACAGACAGAGAUGUUCCCACUCUGGUAGACGGAGUUGAAGGCACAAUAGAACAACUUUCAGCUGGUUGCCUGCAUUCUGCUGUGCUAAACAGCAAAGGUGAAGUGUUUGUCUGGGGAAGUAACUCUGACGGUCAACUUGGACUAGGAGAAGACGUAAAGUCCGUCCUGACACCGACGAGGCUUCAUCUCAAGGACAGUGUCGCCAAAAUAUCCUGCGGAUAUUACCACACGGUUCUGUUGACAGAGGAAGGUCAAGUGUACGUGUGCGGUGAAGGUGAGGGAGGCAAGUUAGGCUUAGGAGUUACAGAGAGUGUCCGUGUACCUACGGUGGUUUCUCUCGAUGCUUGGCCUAUAUCCAUCACCGCUGGGGGAAACCAUACAUUUGUGGUUGCAGUUGAUGGCAAAGUGUACGGAUGGGGUAGCAACCUAAGUGGUCAACUGGGGCUGUCGACCAAUCAGAGUGAAGUGUACGUUCCGACACUCAUAGACUCUCUGGCUGACAAAGUGAUCAAGGAAGUAGCCUGCGGGGAGAGCCACACUGCUUUUGUCACUGAGCUUGGUGAGUUGUUCACUUGUGGGGAGACGAGACAUGGCAAAUUGGGUUGUGAGAAUCCAGGGACUGACCCCAACUGUGUGAGUGAGCCGACCAGAGUCUCACGGUUCAAACCCUUCACAGUAACAAAGGUGCGUUGUGGUGGGUGUCAUACCAUGGUUCUUGCAUCUCCUAGAACUGACGACAUUGAUGACCAUCUUAGCAACGGACACGUCAGCAACACUAUGUUGCAACCCCCUGAGGUAGACAUAACAUCUCCUCCGAUGAGAGCUCUACCACCACUACAGAGAACACCACACCUCAACUACAUCUCAGAGGACAAGGUGUCUAGACAAGGGUCGGCUGGUUCGGUACCAGAGUUGUCUGUGGAAAAUGCAUCUGAGAAUGGGGAGGUUGUGGACGGAGAAAAUGGGGACAAUGAGAAACUUUCGAUACCAAAGUCCACUCCAGAGACAGUCUCUAUCAACGAGAAAACGUCGGAAGUGAUUGAAGAAGAUAACAAUUCAAUAGUGACAUUGAAGGAACAGCAGGCUUAUGACGAGAUGAAGACAAAAACAGUUCAAGCAGUGACUGAACAUUGUGAAAUUGCAGUUACUAAAGCAAAAUCUGCCGUUGAAAAAAAUAUUACAGGAGAAAAUGGAUUAGCAAAAAAACUAGCAAGUGCCCACAAAAAGUCAAAAAUGUGCACAAUUUUAUGAGCAGCAAGUGGAUCAGCAAUAGCCCUGUGAUGAGUAGUAUAAAGUACACUAUAUGCGUGCCUUGCACAAACGUAAUCUAGUCAUGACUGUUUUAAAUCAAAAUAUUAUAUUCUAUGCUUAGCUGUAAGUGUCCAAGAGAUGAAAAAGGCGCUUAACUGAUGUUCGUACCGGUGUCUAGUCAAUUAUUUUAAUUUAGUGGUUUUCUACGGUUAACAAGUAAUGAUUUUAACAAUUGUAACUUAUCUACGUUUUAAAAGAUAUGCAUUCGGUCAAUUUGUAGUUUUGUAAAUGCACAAGUUAUAUGUGUGGAAAUGGUAAUUAGUUUUAUAUCAGACUGGCUUUUAAACGGCUUUUUAUAGGGGAUUUUACCAGAGUUCGUAGAUGAGGAAUUCCUGUCAGGGACUGUACGGUAUUUUGUGAUUCUUACCUGAAAUUAAAAUGCUUUCUAACUUCAAACUAAAGACUAUUUCUCAAAGAAAAUGUUGAUCUGUUUACUUCGACUAGACAAAAGCUUAGUUACAUUUUUAAUAAUUUCCUAUGAUUAUUUGAUCAGUGUGCUUAAUUUUUUAAAGUGUAUAUUAGCUUUUAGCAGUACCCGUACUUUAUAACGUUUUCAUUCUUUGUGAAAUCGUUUCUGGAUAAAGAACUAACUGAAUUCAUUCUGGUUCAUUUUCAUGAUAAUAUGUCUUCCCACAAAAAUCCGUGGGUAUAUUUUCAUUUCUAUGGGUGGUAGUUUGUCCUGGAUAGUAAUUUGACAUAAAAUUACCUACUGUUAUAAUUAUUAAUUUGACAUUAGUCUCUCAAACUCUCAAUAUGAAUGGUUCUUUAAGGUGUAUGUAAAGCAUUUUUCAAUAGUAACCUAAACAUAAGAAUAAGGUUUUACUAGUCUGAUGUGAAUAACAGAAUGUACAAUGCUGUGUUUAGUGCCUACAUUGAAUAGCAAUUUUGUAAAUUGUAUACAAAAUUAAUAAUAAAUUGUAUUUGGUGUUUGUAUGUU